AUGAACGAUAACAAUCGUAGAAAAAGCAUUGAAAAUAUUUUCAAGAAAUUGGCUGAAAAUGUCCAUCAAUUAGCGCCAUGUGGGUCAACGCAGCGGAAUGAAUCCUUCAAUCAUACUGUGGCAGUGUGUCAUCUUAAAAACUUAUUCUUUGCAUCUACUGCUUCAUUCCCUACACGAGUCAGAGUAGCUGCUCUAAAACCUAAUGAAGGAUCAGCAUAUGUUACAUUAGUAAAUCAAAAAGCUGGCUAUUCUCCGGGUUUUUACACUGAAAAAUAUCGCACAGCAAAAGACAAAAUUUAUAACAUUCGUUUGAAACGGCUUUGUGAUCCUGAUGUUAGGAAAAAAAUGAACGAGAGAAAAAAAGAAAGAACACGGAAAGAACAGAUCAAGGAAAAUCAAGAAGGCAUUUCUUAUCGCAGUGGGUGUGCCCAAUUUGAUUUCUCAUCAGUUUUACAGGAUAGUUAUUGGACAGAAGAGAAUGUGGUAUCAGGUGAUGAAAAAUUGGUUAUUUUUGAUCUAGGAACCUCAGGUCUUUCAGCUGAUCUCAGUGAGAUUUGCCAAAUCGCUGCAGCAAUUGAUGAAGGAAAUGUUUUUAAUAGAUACAUAGUACCUGCUUUUGGAAUGUCAAGGGGUGCUAGUUUUAUAACUGGCUUAACAGUUUGUGAUAAUAAAUUUGAUACUAAUAUUCUGCUGAACCAUUUACAACAACAUGGGCUUAUGGAGGAAUUUCAGGCCCAAGUAAAUAUGAUGUCAGACUCUCUUCCAGCAUUAAAAGAAUGUCUUCCAGAUCGGAAGAAAGAAAAAAAAUCAUUCUCAAUGGAAUCAUUGUGGCUAAUGCUCACAAUGCAUUUUAUGAAAGGUCGAAUUGCAUCUGCGAAGAUAACAUUUGAAAUAUUACAAAAAAUAUAUAAUGAUACUGGAGAAGACGGUAUUAAAUUUUUUUUGAGCGAAAGCGUCAAUGGAAAACCACGAGUGACUAAAAAUAAAAAAGUCAUUCAAAGUAUCACGCAAGAACUACAUCGUCUAACUACCACCUCGUCUAAUACCAAUAAUAUAAUUAAUGAUGAGUGUCGUUUGAGCAGUGAAGACGAAGAUAGUUCAGAAGACAGUGGAGAAGAUGACGCUAACGAAUCUUAUGAAUUACAAAGCAUAGACAGAGAAGACGUCUAUGAAGCUAGUGAGCCAUACGAAUUUCACAGGAUAGAUGAAGAUGUAUAUGAAUAUGAUGAUAAUAUAUAA